UAGGAUGCUGCCUGGAGAGGUUGGUAUGCAAAGCUGUGGCCUGACCUGCUGGCAGCCCAUCCUGCUGCUGAUAUUGGGAGCGGUUUUGUCAGGACACGCAAUGGGCUGUCCAGCGCGUUGUGACUGCUUAGCGCAGGAGAGAUCUGUGGUGUGUCAUCGGAAACGCUUCAUCACGGUCCCAGAAGGGAUUCCCACCGAAACUAGAUUGUUGGACCUCAGCAAGAACCGGAUAAAGACCAUCAACCAAGAUGAAUUUGCAGCUUACCCACUGCUGGAGGAGUUGGAGUUGAAUGAGAAUAUUAUUUCGACUGUUGAGCCAGGGGCUUUCAGUAACCUCUUUAACCUUAGGUCACUAGGGUUGAGGAGUAACAGACUCAAGCUCAUACCUCUUGGAGUAUUCACUGGACUCAACAACCUGACCCAGCUGGACAUCAGUGAGAACAAGAUCGUCAUCUUGUUGGACUACAUGUUUCAAGACUUGUACAACCUCAAGUCCCUGGAGGUGGGAGACAAUGAUCUUGUCUACAUCUCCCAUCGAGCUUUCAGUGGUCUCCACAGUCUGGAGCAGUUGACCCUCGAGAAAUGUAACCUGACCACCAUACCCACCGAAGCCCUGAGCCAUUUGCACGGUCUAAUAGUGUUAAGACUUCGUUUUUUGAACAUUAAUGUGAUUCAGAACUAUUCCUUCAAACGACUAUAUCGUCUCAAAGUCUUGGAGAUUUCUCACUGGCCAUUUCUGGACACUAUGGCUCCCAAUUGUCUCUAUGGUUUGAACCUCACCUCGCUCACCAUUACCAGCUGCAAUCUAACAUCUGUUCCUUACGUAGCAAUCCGCCAUUUGGUCUAUCUGAAGUUUCUCAAUUUGUCCUUUAACCCCAUUACAACUGUGCAAGGGCACAUGAUGCAGGAGCUGCUCCGACUUCAGGAAAUCCACUUGGCUGGAGGACAACUCAACACAAUUGAGCCAUAUGCUUUCCGAGGGCUUAAUCACCUUCGAGUCCUCAAUGUGUCCAGCAACUACUUGACAACUUUGGAGGAGGCUGUCUUCCAUUCAGUUGGUAAUCUGGAGACCCUUAUCAUGGACAACAACCCCCUCGCCUGCGAUUGCAGACUCCUGUGGAUCUUCCGACGUCGUUGGCGUCUUAACUUUAACAGAGAGCAGCCUGUCUGUACCACCCCAGAGAUAGUCCAAGGCAAAGAAUUCAAGGAUUUCCCCGACGUUUUGCUACCCAAUUACUUCACCUGCCGGAAGGCCAGGAUUCGUGACAAGAAGCCCCAGAGGAUCUACGUCGAUGAAGGCCACACCGUCCACUUUGUCUGCAGAGCUGAUGGAGACCCACCUCCAGUCAUCCUGUGGGUGUCUCCAAGGAAACGUCAGAUCUCCAGCAAGACUAACGGAAGGCUCACGGUGUUCCCAGACGGCACACUCGAGGUGCGUUAUGCUCAGUUACAGGAUAACGGCAGCUACCAGUGCAUUGCAAUGAAUGCUGGAGGGAAUGAUACCUCCAGUGCCAGCCUGCAUGUCAGAGGUUACUCCCCAGACUGGGGUCAGCAGCCAAACAAGACCUUUGCUUUUAUUACCAAUCAGCCCAAUGACAGCAAUGCCAACAACACCCGUGCCUCUGUGCCUUUUCCAUUUGAUAUUAAAACACUAAUCAUAGCGACCACCAUGGGAUUUAUUUCUUUUCUGGGAGUUGUUCUCUUUUGUCUCGUACUGCUGUUUCUCUGGAGUAGAGGCAAGGGGAACACAAAACACAACAUCGAAAUCGAGUAUGUGCCUAGAAAAUCAGACGCAGGUAUAGGGACCGCAGAUGCUCCUCGCAAGUUCAACAUGAAAAUGAUAUAAGACUCUCAACAGUGAGAGCUGAUUGAGAAAAAUCUCUGCCAUGUUUCAAAAGAACAAUCUGAUAGACUAUUGAAAGUGAUGUACUCUUUUCCAAGAAAAUGUCUGUAAUGGGUUUGAUGAUCACUGAUUUUUGAGACUCCCCCCAAACCCGUUUGAAGACAACUUCAUUUAGUUAGUUGGAAUGCACAAAGAGGGAUUGGAUUGAUCCAUCGUUUAUGCCAUUUUUUUCUAUGUGAAGGUGAUAACUAUUG